CCGCGCCUGAACAAGGCCACUACACCCGCCGCCGCCGAUGAGCUUUCUCGCGGGGCGCCUCGCCGCUCAGGAGGGCGCCUACUUCCUCCAGGAGUCCAAGCUCGCCGCCGGCCGCCUCGCGCAGAAGCUCCCCGCAUCCAAGCUUGAGCCCCGGCCGGCGUCCCCGCCGCCGCCGUCGCCCGACGUGCUCCCCGAGAUCCUCCGCCACUCGAUUCCCAUCAGGCCGACGCCGCCUCCGUCCGACCCCUCGCUCUAUGGGUCCACCCGCUGGGCCCUCCCACCGGGCGGCGCCGAGGCUGUCGGCGUGUCCCCCGACGUGCUCAACCCGCUCAGCUCGUACGUCUCGCUGCCGCAGGCCACCUUCGGCCCCAAAAGAUGGCAACUUCCAAAUGAACAGACUUACUUCUCGUCAUCAACCGCCAAUGAGCGCCGGCGUGAUAUGCAUCCUCCUCCCAUGGACCCUGAGAAGUUGAAGGCUGUAAUUGCUGGAUACUCUCAGGUUGGAAAAGCGUUUCUUGCUGGGACUAUAUUGGUGUUUGGAGGAGCGACAGCUGUGCUGCUGUACACGGCGAAUAAACUACAGUUGCAUUCAAUAGAAGAUGUCAGAGCUAAAGGAAAAGAUGCAGCGCAACCACACGCUGAUAUGAUUAAAGAACAAAUAGCUCCACUAAGGAAAUGGGCUGAAGACACAUCCCGAAAAUGGCAUUACGAAGGCGAGUCCAAGGAGAAGUCUGUCCUUGUAAGAGAGCUUUCCAGAGCACUUGGUGCUAAGACGCGGCCGAAUUGAUCGAUACUGACGGCUGGUUGUUGUUGUAACCUGUAAGUCCAGUAUUAUAAAGCUCCUCAAUUGCUUUACGCUUUUACCUUGUAAAUAUGUGUAAGACUACAAUGUACAUAUGUUACCCCCUAUGCUAAAAUAAAUCAGAGUCCAUUUUGAUCU